AAAAUACAUAGUUUUGGGUUGUUAUUGUCGGUGUUUUUGUCGCCUGCUUGCCUGCCCCCCCAGUGCUGAGGUCUGCAAGGUGCGGGGGUUUGGGGGUCUCCCCUUGAUGGCAGUAAGGGUGAAGUACGGCCGGUUCUGCUUCGUGCUGCGCUCGGUGGGAACAGGUCCAGUCAUCGUUAAACUGCGAGUAGUGUGAAAACCUAUAAACAGCAACUUGUCCGUGUGGGCGCACUUGGAUUUCAGCUUCCUGUGAGGUGCGUGUGGACGCUGGGUGUUGACAACUGUUCCUGUCCAGGCUCACCGCUUCGCCUACACCUCUGGCAAUGGCAGCAAAUCCCAUCGUGACGUCAAAGCAGCGAGAGGAAGUGGUACAUGGGGUCCCCACGGAGGUGGUGUGCACGGCGUUCUCCAACUCCAUUCUUGUGGUGGUAACACAGUAUGGCAAGCUGGGGACGCUUGUCUAUGUGGACCCCAACACAAUAGGCGACAACAUUGGCAGGCCUUCGCUCACCACAAAAGUGCUACUGGGCAAGGAUGAGCCCCUCGUCCAUGUUUGUGCCAAAAACCUGGUGGCGUUCGUGUCUCAGGAAGCUGGGAACAAACCUGUUCUUCUCGCCAUGGCUUUAAAAGACAAGACCAUGGAAGGAAUACAAGCUCUACGGGAAGUGAUCCGAAGUUGCCAAGUGUGGUGAAGUUGUACCAUCUGGAUUCAAGGAAAUGAUCUUGAGUCCAUGACUCAUCACCACUUUUUUAAAAGGACAAAAAAUGAAAAUGAUGGAAUGUCUUUGUGCUGGUUUUGGACAUACUGAGGAAUUUGAUGAAUUUUUCUCUACUGUGUAGAACGUUUGUGGGUUUUAUUACUGUGACAGGUUUGCAGUCCAUAUAGUCAGUGAUGAGACAAGCACAAUUGUCUCGACAUACAAGAGAAAUUUUAUUUUUAUCACUUUGGGUGGGCUGUAUAUUUGGGAAACAUGGCUCUGCAUUUGUGUCCUGAGGAGUAAUAGAUGCCAAGCUCUGUAGCUACAGUGUACCGCAAAGGGGAACACCCAGUGCAGAGUGAAUAAAAGAAACAUUGAUGAAUCUAA